AUGUCUGUCCUUUUCGACUCAUUGUCGCCCGUUGUGGUGGCAUAUCCAACAGGCGCUCCUUCUUCCGUUGCAAGCAGCGAUAACAAAAGCCCAAUGGGUGGUCUGAAUUUCUUCAAGAACCUCAGCUCGGAGAAGAAGCAAACAAAGGAUGGCCAACCUCCAAAGCGUCGAGGUCCCAAGCCUGACAGCAAACCGGCUUUGACUAGACGACAAGAGUUGAACCGACAAGCUCAGAGAACGCAUCGUGAGAGAAAGGAGAUGUACAUCAAAGCCCUCGAACAAGAAGUCCUCCGCCUCAAAGAGAGCUUUUCUCAGACCAGCCGUGAGAAGGACGCGGUCAUCGAAGAGAACCGUCGACUGAAAGAACUCCUCGCCCAACACGGCAUUUCAUACGACUUUGGCAGCUCACCUAUCAAAUUCAACCGCGAGAACAGUUCAUACGGGCCCAGCUCCAGCGGCAGCAUCUCUGGCAGUUAUCGUGGCGCAUCAGAGAGCACAGGCUUCAGCCCACCACCACCUUCCAUGUCCUCCCAACCCAACCAAGCCCACAACAUGGCUGCCUUCCAGAACAAUCAAAUGCGCAACAUGGCACAACUGCCGUCAAACAGACUUGACUACGACCAGAUUGGUAUCAACUUUGUCUUAACGCUCGAGCGGCCCUGCAUGGACCACAUGCAAUACCUCAUGGUCCGCUCUAUCAACCCCUCCGGCCAACCCUUCCACCAUCCCAUGGAACCCACCGACGACGCCGACCACGACCACAUGUCCGGACACGCACUCAUGGCAACGGGCCCUCCCUACUCGACGCUGAUGGAGAAGCCCGGCGAGAAGUAUCCCCAUCAAAUGCCGCCCGACAUGGACAACACCUCCCUCGUCAAACUCCUCCAGCUAAGCUCACGACUCCCCCUCGAUCGCGAAGGCGAAAUCACACCCGUCAUGGCCUGGUCCAUGAUCUACGGCAACGACCGCGUCGGAGACCUUGAAAAGAGCGACAUCGAAAGGAUCAAGCACGACUUGUCUACCAAGGUCAGAUGCUAUGGGUUUGGCGCGGUGAUUGAGGAGUUCGAGGUCCGCGAUGCUCUCAAUGGCGUUCUUGCUGAGAAGGAUGGGGGGCUUAGUGAGGCGAUGGCUUUGCGGCAGAUUUCUUUGGAGGCGUGA